AAAAUAAAAAUCAAAACAAAACCCUAAUUUGUAGAGAGAAAGGGAGCGACUAAGAAGAACGAUGUCUGGUGCUACUCCGAAUACGCAAGCCGAGGAAGAUAAGAAACCGAAUGAUCAAUCCACUUCCGCCCACAUCAAUUUGAAGGUCAAAGGCCAGGAUGGAAAUGAAGUAUUCUUUAGGAUCAAAAGAAACACUCAACUGAAGAAGCUGAUGAAUGCAUACUGUGAUCGACAAUCUGUGGACUUUAAUUCAAUUGCCUUUUUAUUUGAUGGUCGACGUCUCCGGGCAGAACAAACUCCUGAUGAGCUAGAAAUGGAGGAUGGGGAUGAGAUUGAUGCGAUGUUGCACCAAACUGGUGGAGUCCUGUUAACCUAGUAUGUUUAUGCUGGUUGUUAUUGUGAAUUAUAUAGGUUAGUUGCUUUGGUUUAUGUAACCUUUGGAUUUACAUCGUCGGUAUUGAGAGACAGACAUACUCAUUGUAGAACCUUGUUUGAAAAAUGACAUGCUUUUAGGAGCCUUGUGAGUUAUGACAGCUGGAAUGAAGUCUGGAAUCUUAUGUUGAUAAUUUGAUCA